UAUAACCCCCGCUGCGAAGCCUGCGUCUCCCAGCCAGCCUGUGCCGGAGGUCCGGGAGGUCCCUAUUCAGAAGGAGGCGACGCCAGCGCUGCCUGUGCAGCCCUCUCCCUUCGCUGAUGACCCCAACUCUUAUAGAUGGGAGAAUUCCUAUCCAAAUAUCAACUGGACAACAAGCCAGUAACCCUCCUGCCGCGUGGGCUCACGAACCGCUCCAACUACUGCUACGUCAACUCAAUCCUACAAGCGUUGAUCGCGUGUCCUCCCUUCUACAACAUGCUGAAGGCCCUGCCGUACCAGACGCGACGUGGCAAGUCUAGCACGCCCGUCAUUGACUCCAUGGUGGAGCUCUGCUACGAGUUCAGCCCCCUGGCCCUCGGGCCGCGCGCCCGCGGCCGCAACGAGCCCGGCGCGCCGCUCGUGCCCGCGGGACCCCCGCUGGACGGGGCCGCAGGCUUGCGAGUGCUCCGUGCUUUGAGGCCCUUCCCUGGCUCACAAGAGGGAAGACAGGAAGAUGCUGAAGAGUUCCUGGGAUGCCUGCUGAACUCUCUCAAUGAUGAAAUGCUUGAGCUGAUGAAACUGGUUGAGCCAGAAGAACCCAAGGAGGCGAAUGCUCAAGUGAACGGGAUCAUCACCCAGGAGCAACCUCCUGAGGAAGAUGAUGAUGAUGAUGAUGAAUGGAAGGUGAUGGGCCCGCGCAACAAGGGCUGCGUGGAGCGGCGCUGGGCGGCGCGGCGCACGCCCGUGGCCGACAUCUUCCGCGGCCGCACGCGGCUGCGUCUGCACCGCGCGCCGCUGCACGCCGUCACCGACGCCGUGCAGCCCUUCUUCACGCUGCAGCUCGACAUCGAGCGUGCAUCCAACGUCAAGGAUGCCCUUGAACUCCUAGCCGGCAAGGACACACUAGAAGGUGUAUCAGACGCCUGGCAACAGCUGUCUUUGGAACAGCUUCCCGUAGUGCUGCUGCUGCAUCUGAAGUGCUUCCAGUUGGACUCAGAGGGCCACACCGCCAAGAUUGUCAAGAACAUUGACUUCCCCGUGGAUCUGAAGAUUGACCAGAAGAUCAUGUCUUCAAAGAUCAAGUACUCUGGCAAGCAGCGCCUGUACAAGCUUUUCGCGGUGGUCUACCACGAAGGAGUGGAGGCUGUCAAAGGGCAUUACGUUACUGACACCUUCCACGGACAAGCUGGUUGGAUCAGAUACGACGACUCGACGGUGACGCCGGUGUCGGACGGCGCGGUGCUGAAGCCGAAGCCGCCGCGCAUGCCGUACCUGCUCAUGUACCGGCGCCACGACACGCUGCCGGCGCACGCGCACGCGCACGCGCAGCACGCGCACGCGCAGCACGCGCACGCGCACCGCGCGCCCGGCAAGCCCGAGUGAGCGCCGCGCCGCUCGACCGCCCGGACACUCGUUUGAUAUAACUGUGUAAAUACUGUGAAAGACUCGAAUCGUGCCUGUCGAACGCUCCCGAGGUGCGACGAACUCGUCUCGUGUACGUAAUGUAAGUAUAAUUUGAUUUUAACCGCCCCCGAGGGCUCUGUAUAGAGAACGCCCGGCGGUCGGCGCCCUCCGCGUUUGGUUUUUUAAUGGAAAAUAGUCUUGUGUUAAUUUGGAUCGGAGGUGCCGCCCGCCGGGCUUAGUUUUGUAUGUGUAAUAUUUUGUACAUUAGGCUCUUUUAUUUGAGGCGUAGGAUUACUUUGUGUAAAUUCGGAUACUUUUUAGAGUAAAGUACAAAUGAUAUUUGUUUGCCGCUCGAAAUGGAAGCCGAUUCUUAGCUGUGACUAUAAAUUGAGGAACUCAUGAUGCAUUCGACCUAAUUAAUUAAUUUUGGUAACCGAUUGAAUCUACGAAACUAUUGUAUAUAUGGAUUGUGUAGGUAUUAAGUAUCUAUAAGAGCCGCGUUCUCUACUGGACAAUAUGGAAUUGUGGUGUUAUAAUAUAAAAAAUUAAAAAAUAUGUAAAAAACAAAAUUCAUGAUACAUAUUUCUAUAUUGUUCGUCUUAUAUAAUGGUGGAAUCUUCCUAAUACUCUUCCAUUGGAAAAUGUCAAGGUACCGAUGAGUACAAACAUCCAGGCGACUACUAGAGCGCAUUUGAGAAAUUACAAUAAUGUAUUGUAAUAAGGAAGACUGGUUCGUGAAUGGUAGAAUUAUGUAGCGUGAAUUGCAGACGUUCGUCCUCUUCGUGGUGGAAAUGGGUUGUUGAGUUGGUCCGGCACGCAGUGCCGGAGGAGUGCUCUUGUAUGUGAUAUGGGAUGCCUGAGAUCGACGACUAAAUGUUUAGCUGUAGUCACUUUAUUGUAUAAAAUUGUUAUAACGAUAUAAGUGUUACAUAUAAAUAAACAGAUAUAUAUUAUCUCGCCGUUGGUAUGUUGUAUGAAAGGAUGCCUGUUUUUAAUAUUAUUCGAAUUCAAAUUGAGGUUUAUAUUACUUUUUUUGACACAUUACAAUAAUAUUCGCGUAUCAUUACAUGAUCAUAUUAUAUCUUAUUAUCGAAGAUCAUUAAAUUAUUAGUAGCAUUUUGCUGAUAUUAAACUUUUUGAUCUCACAUUUGUUGUUGUUGUUUGGGAAAAAUAUGUAUAUUGAUGUGAACGAAAUUUCUCUUCUCUAGUAAUAUGGGCAAUACAUCAAUGCCUUAUUAUUUGAAAUACAAUAUUUUCACAGUAUGAAAAUGACCAAAAAAUAUAAUAAAAAAAGUGUUUGAAAUUGCAAAUAAAAUAGAGCUUUUCUAAAUUGUUCUAGUAAUGAAAAUGCAAACACCCUUAGAUUUAAUAAAAUAUAUAUGUAUAAUUAAUUAUCUUUAAUAAAAUACUUCGGUUCAGUGUCCAAAAGUUGAAAAAUAUUUAGUCUUAAAAAUUAGUCAAUUUAAUAUUAUAUAUUAAUGAAAACGAAAUAGGCUUAGAUUUAUAUGGUUUCUGAAAGAGGUUAUUUACGGCUAACUUGCUAAGCUUUGUUUGUAGUAAUACAUGUUUUUGUUUAAUUUGGAUCAUGGGUAGGUCAUAAUACUUAGUGAUACUGGCAAUAAUUGUAACUCGUAUAAGUAACGAAGUUUAAUGGCACCUACUUAACACCAGCGCGGGUCGAACUUGGUUCGUCCGCUCAGUCUACAGCCCACGGCUUAUACAUGAGUCGGUUCAUAUAAAAGUUGCAUUGGUCUUAGAAACUUCUUACACUAAUUUGACGUUUAUUUCUUUCUGACAUAGCUCAAAUUUGCACGGACUUUAGCAACUUUAAUAUGUAUCACUCAAUAGCAAGUUCUUUAGAAUUAGAACUGCCACACGAAAUAGGUGUUGGCAGUUUCUCUUCCCACAUUAUCUUCCACGAUUCAUGUUAAUUUGCCCUGACUAUCUAUUUGGAUGCAGUGAAGCCUGGUGCUAUUGGUUUAUGUUGUGUGCACGUCGUUAUAGCAGCUGUCUUCAUAGACGCUAGUUUCACAGGCAGUGCCAAAAUCAUCUAUGCAGCUACCAUAUUCAAAAAUAUAAUCAUAAAUUAUACACUGCCGUACUAGUUUCAGGCACCUGUUAGCUUCGAAUAAUCUUUAAAAUCAACAUAGCUAUAUUUACAUUGACAAAAUAAUGUUGAUGUAUUUUGAAGAAUUUUUUGAUUAUGUUAACAGUGUAGAUAUUUUUACAUCUGACUGUAGUCAUAUAAGCUGCUCAGUGUGUGAGGUUCGCGUGAAUUUCUAUGCGUAAGACUGAGCGAAGAGUCCCGAAUGUCAGUUUAUUUAUGUGAAAAGCACACGUUUUAGCUCGUAAGUUUUUAUUAUAACAAUUGCUGCCUUUUAGUUAAGUCUCUGUGUUGCAUAUUUAUUCAGAUAAUUUCUAAAGUGAUUGUGCAUUGUGUCCGAUGUAAAUAUAGAUGAAGAUUAAAUAACUGAUUUAAUAUAAUAUAGACUUUAUUUAUAGAUGUGACUUGGCGUUUAACGCCGGUUUUUACAUCUUAAUUUGUUGCCUAAUAUCGACAGUUGACGACAAUUGUCGAGACUCUUUGAAACACUACAACGUAUCUUAAAAUGAAAAUCCUCCAUUCACCAAUUAAUCAAGACUCCUGGGACAGAUGACAAUAUGUAACCUUCCCUAAUCGAAAUGUUGUAGACAUAUUUACGAAGGUAAAUUCCCUUUAAGAUUUAUGUCAAAUCUACUUAAGUGUUUCGCACACUACCAGCGAUUUGCUGUGGUGAACGAAUCUUAAUGAAAACCUUCACACGCUCCAAGUCGUCAGUGCAUUUCCUUAGUGAUAUAAGUUGUCAACGAAUAUGAAAAAUAAAAAUUUGAUUAUACAAAGUAACAAAUACUUUGAAGUCCAAUUUUCUCAUGUUGACAUCUGCUGCAAUGCCCAAGAACUCUGUCAGUAAAAAAACGUAGAUUUAAUUUUUCUAAUUAACAUGCUCUGGCAUUUAUAACUUGAAAAAUCCUUCUGCAGUUUGGCUGUGACGUAGCACCUAGGACUUCGACUGUUAUAAAUACCAGUUUGCCUAGAAUAAUUAAGGCUUGGAAAUCUCACUACCCUUACCAUGAGUUUGAUACUGAUAUACUUACUAGAAAACGCGUAAACUGACGUCUCCUUAGAACUCACAUUGUUGCAAGCAAUAUGUGCAUUUCCUAUCAAAUAUGUCAGUGUCUUAACUAGUGGUUAGGAUACUUAAGUUUAAAACAUUUAACUGACUAUCUAAUAUUCUAGGCCUUAUUUUCUAAGCCUGAUAGCCCCAUAUUUAACAUUCUCAAUGUAAAAUAUAAUUAGUAUUUACGUCUAAUUCGUGAAUUAUUAUUUUUUCGCCUCUUCUUAGUACCGCAGGUCAAAGUGGUAAUCAGAAUUGGAUAAAAUAAAUAGCUGUUCUUAACAACAUAAAUUAUGUUACAUAGUGCAAGAAUACAAAAACUACAUAUUACUUAUCUAAUUCUGAGUAUCACUUUAAAUUCUUUUUAAUGUUGAUGUACGGGAUGAACUGGACUGACAAACAUAAGCAAUGCAAUGUCUUUCGUUCCCAAUAGUACAAUAAACACUACCUGCCCAACAUUCAGUCCAAUGUCAGACUUGUGAUUGUGGUUUCAUUUAAGGACUUGUGACUAAUCUACAUGGCUUUAGCUAAUAUUAUCCCAUAUAGUUUAAAGGAGGUCACAAUAAUGGUUAUGAAAAUAAUUAAAUAACUAUUGAUUACAUAUUUAUAUCUUAAAGGCCAACUUAUAAAAUUAUCACUGCCACAGUAAAGGCCCAGCCUGGCUUGGUAGGGGAUUAUUUUGAAGUAAGCUUUCUGUAUUCUGACUGACGUUCAGAAAGCUACAUAGUAGGGUUAGCUCAUGGCUGGCAUAAAAUUAUGUCUCCGCCAGGUAGACUACCCAUUAGAAAAAGUUGUGUUAUCUAUGUCGCGGCGAGAUACUAUCGCGCUAAUCAUUUGCUACCUCUGCUGAUGUCACUCAUGCCCAAGCCAUGUGGGGCCUUCGAAAACAGAUUUUGAUGUUAUUGUGAAUGGUUUUAUUAUAGUGCUGGGUACAUUCAUAACAUAAAAUAUAGUCUUUAAGGACAUUUUAUUAUUGAAAUCAAUGUUAAAUCGUUCCUAGUCAAGUUUCAUCCCGUAGUUGAGAGUUUAAUCCUUAGUAAAUGUUCCUGGAUCAUAGUUUUAAUCUGAUCAAACUAGUUGUGAGGUUAUCGAACUUAUUUAAUAUUAAAUAAUUUAAGUAGUGUGCAGCUUCUUUACUGACAAUAAGAGCGUCCUCAAGAUGACGCCGGUGCAUUCAUAUAAUUUCGACUGAACAUUUUCCCUUAACACAUUCACUGCCAGUACGCACUGUUUGUACGAAAAUGAACACAAGUUAUGUGUUGCUAAUACACAAUGGUGGAACGCUCCAACGUGAUUUGUUGAUGAGGGUCGCAUCAGUCGCCUGAAUGAUCGAAUAGACUGCAUGCUUGGCUUGCAGCAUUUUGACGUCCAUAGAUGCAAAUUCGUGCCGUGGAUUUACCUAAGUAUCACCCGCGCUAGCUUGAGGACGCCCUAAGCAGAUAGUAUAAGUCAGAGAAAAUUCUCUCUUGUUUUAACAGUAUUCAAUGUGUUUUACGCUUUUUAGAGCUCUUUAAAAAUAUUUAUCAUACGUCAAAAAUAUCAAAAAGAGGUUAAACUAUACAGAUGUAUAAAAUGUUGUUCUACUAUAGCACAAAGGAAAUAAUUAGUUUGAAAUACCAAUGCUUCGUAUCAGUCGCAGAGAACAAUUUUAUAUAUGUUGACAAAUGUCUAGUCUACAGUAGAAAACUCUUGACAUUUUGAUUCUUAUUUUACUUCGAACUUUUCCGAAGAUACCAUUUCGAUUUAAGUACUCUCGUGUGAUAUUUAAAAACAUUCAGAAUUAUGGUGUGAUCGUUAAAAUAAUGACGAUGGAGAUAGAUAUACGUCAUAGUGUCUAUAUUUUUUUUCUAUGACUUCUCUUUCUGCACAGAAUUCCGCCAUACUUAUAUAAAAACACUAAUAAAUCAAAACCUGCGAAAUAAUAAAACGAAAUGGUAUUUUGGAAAUAUUCGGUAGAUAAUUGCUGCUAGAUGCACUAGUAAUUACACGUACAUAGUAUAACGAAAUAAGUGUCUUUAACGUCGUUUAAGAAUUGGGAAUCGCUGAUUACAGAGGGCUCUCCUGGAUUAGGUUCGGAGGUUCGGUUCUAGUGGUCUUUGGUA